CACAGCACGGGGCGGCGCGGAGGUGCUCGCUCUGCUAAAAGAAAAGGCCCGGCUGCAUCUUGAUGCUACCGAUACCCAGGGCCAUGGAAAGCAGCAUGGAAGCAGGAGUGAUUUAUCCUUUGCCAGACUCCCCCUCUGUGAAGAUGUCCCAGUCCUCUCCUGCUGAUGAAAGUACAACAUUUGAACACCUCUGGAGUACACUGGCACCAGACAGCACCUACUUCGACCUCUCUCCAUCCGCUCAUACAGGCAACAAUGAGGUCUCCAACCGCACAGAGAUCACAAUGGAUGUCUUCCAGAUGAGAGGCAUGAAUGACUCUGUUAUGUCCCAGUUUAAUUUGCUGAACAACAGCAUGGAUCAGAGCAUCGGCAGCAGAGCAGCCUCCACCAGCCCUUACAGCUCCGAGCACACCUCCAAUGUCCCAACGCAUUCACCCUACUCGCAGCCCAGCUCUACCUUCGACGCCAUGUCCCCAGCUCCUGUCAUCCCCUCCAACACUGACUACCCAGGUCCCCACCACUUUGAGGUGACCUUCCAGCAAUCCAGCACAGCCAAGUCAGCCACCUGGACAUACUCCCCACUGCUGAAGAAGCUCUACUGUCAGAUUGCCAAGACAUGUCCCAUCCAGAUCAAGGUGACCAGCCCACCGCCACCGGGCACCAUCAUCCGGGCCAUGCCUGUCUACAAGAAGGCCGAGCACGUGACAGAAGUGGUGAAACGCUGCCCCAACCAUGAGCUGGGGCGUGACUUUAACGAUGGCCAGUCAGCCCCAGCCAGCCACCUCAUCAGGGUGGAAGGCAACAACCUGUCCCAGUACGUGGACGACCCUGUGACAGGACGGCAGAGUGUGAUGGUGCCCUACGAGCCCCCACAGGUGGGGACCGAGUUCACCACUAUCCUGUACAACUUCAUGUGCAACAGCAGCUGUGUGGGAGGAAUGAACAGGAGACCCAUCCUCAUUAUCAUCACGCUGGAGACGAGAGACGGCCAAGUCCUAGGAAGGCGAUCAUUUGAGGGACGGAUCUGUGCCUGUCCUGGCAGGGACCGGAAAGCUGAUGAAGACCAUUACCGAGAGCAACAAGCCCUGAAUGAGAACGCAGCUAAAAAUGGCAACGCCAACAAACGCACAUUCAAACAGAGCCCUCAGGCCAUCCCAGCACUGGGGCCAGGCGUUAAGAAACGGAGACACGGGGAGGAGGAGAUGUAUUAUGUGCCUGUUCGAGGCAGGGAGAACUUCGAGAUCCUGAUGAAGAUAAAGGAGAGCCUGGAGCUGGUGGAGCUGGUCCCACAGCAGCUGGUUGACUCCUACCGGCAGCAACAGCAGCAGCUCCUGCAGAGGCAAAAUCAGCUGCAGACACCUUCCUCCUACGGCCCUGUCCUCUCACCUAUGAAUAAAGUCCACGGAGGAGGAAUCAACAAGCUGCCCUCUGUCAACCAGCUGGUCGGGCAGCCAGCACAGCACAGCUCUGGCUCAGCAUCAAGCCUGGGGCCAAUGGGACCUGGAAUGCUGAACAGCCACCCCAUGCAACCCAAUGGGGAAAUGAACGGGGGCCACUCGUCCCAGUCCAUGGUCUCAGGAUCACACUGCACCCCUCCUCCGCCCUACAACCCCGAUCCCAGCCUAGUCAGUUUUUUAACAGGAUUGGGGUGUCCAAACUGCAUCGACUAUUUCACCUCACAAGGGUUACAGAAUAUUUACCACCUGCAGAACCUAUCCAUAGAGGAUCUCGGAGCACUGAAGAUCCCGGAGCAGUACCGGAUGAUCAUCUGGAGGGGCCUUCAAGAACUCAAGCAGAGCCACGACUACGGGGCCCAGCAGCUCAUCCGCUCCAGCAGCAACGCCUCCACCAUCUCCAUUGGCAGCUCGGGGGAGCUGCAGCGGCAGCGCGUGAUGGAGGCCGUGCACUUCCGCGUGCGCCACACCAUCACCAUCCCCAACCGCGGCGCGGCGGACGAGUGGGCAGACUUUGGCUUUGACCUCCCAGACUGCAAGUCCCGCAAACAGUCCAUCAAAGAAGAGUUCACGGAGGGAGAGAUCAACUGAGGUUCUCCAGGGCACGACGGUAGGAAACCGGACACAAAGGGAGUCCGAGGGACGGGCUGGGGAAACCAAACCCUGCGUGAAACAUGGGAGAAUAUUUCAGCCUUGAGCAGCUGGAGAAGCAUAAUUUUGCUGGACUGUCGGCUGCGUGAGGAAAUACGGCCCCCAUCCGUCUGCCAGGAACUUCCCAGAGAGGAAAUCCCAGUGGUUUGUCAGAGGGUCGAUGGAAGGACGGGGCGGUGAGAGCUCCUGGAAUGCAGUGCAGAUGCUGACUGCACGCGGCAGAGGAGUCACCUGGUUCUUCCUUCUGUUUCGUAUUGUGCUGGACGAGCCUGGCAUCAAACAGAUGCAGCAUACAGAUAGCACAUUUUCUGUUAGUGAGACCUACCUUCUUACCUCUGUUCUGUGUUCUCAGUGGUGGUGAAAACCAAAAAACGAUUCAGCCCUUAUCUGCUCCAUUCCUGUAGGAGUAUCUGCCAUUGACUGACACAAAGCAACUCUGCUUUCCCAAUGGACUGCCAGAAGAUGUGUCCCUUUCAGUUCCUUGUAGAGCAGAAGCUGAUCUCUUCGUCAGUUCCAGAUGUGUUCACGUACUUAAAUGUUUGUGUUUAUCAGCAAUGCGAUGUACAUACAGUAUACUCAUUGUGUUGCAAGGAGAAAAAAAGAUUUAUUUUCAUGUAAGCUAUAAAAAUUGAUACUGCUGAGACAAUAGCGUCAAGCAAUUACUUUUAUGUUCUAGCAUGCAGACGUGCAGAAAGUCGUGUUUCAAAACUUAUCUAUUCAAAAUCCAGAUGUUUUUCCCUCCUGUGAAUUAUGUCACACGAAUGCAGAGGGGGAAACGUGUGAAGGCUCCCGCGGAGUUGGAGCUCUGUGCGAUUCCUCCCUGCACCACAGGUGAGGAUUGGAGGCGGAUAACAGUGAGGUGGGGAUGAGUUUGAUCCCAUCUUGGAGAGAGGAGGUGGCCUCACGUGAGGUCCUUCCACCUUGGUUUGCUGCUUAUGGCCAUUUUUUGCAGGCCUGAUUUAUCUGUUGGUUCAGGCUGUCAAGCAGCUCAGCAGAAAGCCACGCUGCCAGCAAACGCAUUCCCAGCUCCACCUCCUUCUGGUGAGCAGAUACAUCCAGAGGUGCUCUAAAGCUUUUGAAACAUGUUUUCAACAGUAUUAACUGACACAGUCCAACCAUGUUACCAGUAGUACUUUUUGGAACGUUAUCUUUGGAAAAUGUGUUAUUUUUAUAGCU